AUCAAAUUCUCAUAAAAAAGCGAUAUCUUGCAUUGGCAUGUAUUUGAUUAAAAUCCGUUGAACGGUAUUCAAAAAUACAAACAUUGUUCAGGAGACAAUGAAACAUGUUUGUUUCUUUUUUCAGAAUUAAGACAAAAAGGUCGAUUUGCUGGUUUUUCCCUCUUUCUGUCUAAUUCUUCAAAUAUUGAAGAUGGAUUACUUUGUUAUAAGGAUGGUCCAAGUCUACCUUCACUGGAUUUCAAUACAACCUGUGUAGGUUAUGCACGUUAUCUGUUCUUCUACAAUGAAAGGCUACCAGGAGUUCAAUAUCCGGAUGGGUACGGAAUGUUGUCGUAUACAGAGUUAUGUGAAGUGAUUGUGUUAGGUUGUGAAGAUGUACGGUUUUAUGGAAUUAAUUGCGACUUGCAGUGCCCUGAAAAUUGCCAGGAUAACACAUGCCACAUUGUUAAUGGAACAUGCUUUUCUUGUAAACCUGGAUGGAGGGGAGGAUUCUGUAAUAAAGAAUGUCCAUCGUGGUCUUAUGGUUUAGACUGUAAAUAUCAGUGUUCAGGACAUUGCCUGAAUGAGUUACCUUGCAAUCACGUGACUGGUGAAUGUCCGGAGAAAUGUGCAGCAGGAUGGACAGGGACAUUUUGUGAAAAACAAUGUGACUAUGGAAAUUUUGGCCCAAAUUGUGCCUUUAACUGUAGUGGUCAUUGCGAGAAUAAUGCCACGUGUAACGAGGAAAAUGGGCAUUGUGACUCUGGAUGUAAUGCCGGGUACAGGGGAGAACUCUGCGAUGAAGCUUGUGCCUUUGGAAAAUUUGGAGUCAAGUGUGCGAAUAUUUGCAGCGGAAACUGUCUUUACAAUGAGACUUGCAACAUUGUAAAUGGCAUCUGCAGCAAAGGUUGCGCUCCUGGAUAUUUUGGAUCCCUCUGUAGUAAAGUUUGUCCUGUUGGUUCGUACGGUUUAAAUUGCUCUGGAAUUUGUUCUCCUAACUGUAUUGGUACUUGUGGAAAUAUCGAUGGUUCCUGUAAAUGUGUACCUGGAUUUACUGCCAAACUGUUCAAGAGAAUGUCAUACAGGAAGAAAACAAAACUUAAUUCUAAACAGCUUAACUACAUUAUAUCUUCAACUUUUUUAUACCUUGAACAAUUUGAUUAUUGGUUUUCAAAAAGUGAAUGUUUACCUGGAUUUUACGGUAUAAACUGUCAAUAUCGAUGUAGCGGUCAAUGUGUCAGUGAAGAGACCUGCAGCAGAUAUGAUGGAAGUUGCUCUCUAGGGUGUAAAGAUAAUUAUGUUGGAGUAGCUUGUGACUUUCUUCGGGAUAGUUCCACAAGUGCAUCAACAGUAGGACUUUCCGUAGUAGUUGCAGUAUAUUCACUUUGUUUCAUAGCUGCCUUUGUUCACUUUUACUUGAGAUCACACAGCUGCAACGGUUUUAAGGAAAGAAUUCCAAAGUUUGCAACUAAAGGCACAAAAAGCGAACCGACUGCUUCUCCAAAGACCAAUACCUCAGAUGAUAACGUACACAAUUAUCAGGACUUGAAUGUCAACGACGAAAAGAACUCUUAUGAAAUAAUGCAAGCAUCCGAAAAUCAGUGUGCUUAUCAGAACCUAGACCUUGAGUAUAAAUGAAUAUUUUUUUUAUUACUCGUAACAUCCUAACAAUGUAUGGAAGUAUAGUUAUGUAGUAUACUAUUCAAAAAGUAGUGGAUAUUCUAUUUACAAGGACAAUGAAAUUCAGGUCAUGGCGUCAGGAAGAAAACAAAUGAGAAAAAAAGUAGGAUAUUUUUUUCAAUUUAUUCGGAAUCCUGUG